UGAAAAUCCAAGAAAAAAGGUCAUGGCCAUGGAGACGAAGAAAAAAGAGCAGGAAGAGGACGAGAGAAGGGAAGAACUUAUAGCAUCGACCCCAUCUUUGCAACCCAAUUUCAAGGCCAAAGGAGGCGUCACCCAUGCCCAGCUUUCCAAGUUCCAAGAAUUGCACAUGAGGCGUUUACAGAUAAAGUCGAAAUCAAAGAUUAAGAAGAAAUCAAAAGGGAUUGCAGAUGGGAAUGGAAAAUCUCACAGCAAGGACUGCAGUGUCCAAGACUCUGUAAACGAUGACUCAACUAUAUCAAUUGAAGAGUCCAGUGUUUCCAACUCUGAACGCAAUAACAAAGAUGGUACCUCCUUAAAGCAGAACAAUGUUGCAUCUCCUCUUGCAUUAAAGCGGCGCCAGAAGUUACAUUGGGGGCUUGACACAAAGGAAAGGUGGGAAAGGAAAGCUAACAUGUAGAUAUCACUGUGGAAAGGAAAGGUGAAACGCUCUGAAGCUGGUCUUUUGAGCUAAGAUAUGGCUUUGGGUGAUUAUGUCGCAGAUGCUUUGCAUGUUUCUUUUGGCUAGCACAUAUACCUGCAUGUUGAGAGAACAUCAACCUGGCGGAUGUUGCCAGUUAUAUAAUCAGGAGUAUCACCUUCUCUAUCAGGCUAUCAGCUGCUGCCAAGAACAGACGGAAAGCACCCACUUUUGGUUAAAUAUGUCAUGCUUGUGCUUCUUGUCUAAGGUUUUCUUCAUAGAAAUUAUUGUGGCUUCAUGUGUUGCCUUUACGAAUUGGAAAGCUGUGUAUUUUUUUAUCGCUUUUUGACAGCAGCAUCUAAUGAUCAUGAAACAACCAAAACCUCUUUUUAGUCUUAGAA